AUGAAUAAUAGUAAAACGAUAACAGCGCAUGGAAAAUCAGUACGUGAAAGUUUUCUGAUUAAGGGCUAUGCGCUGAAUUGUACUGUUGCAAGUCAAG